CUGCGCCCUGCGGGCAGUGAUGGAGCGCUAACCGGGGGCGCGGCGACGGCUGGGGCUCGGCGGGCCAUUGGCCACCGGCAGCGGUAAAGGCAGCUUAGGGACUCGAAGAGUGAGCGGGACCCGCGGGCCGGGCCGGAGCAACCUGGGUUGCAGCCAUGGAAGACCAGAGGGAGGCUCUGCGAAAGAUUAUCACAACACUGGCUGUGAAGAAUGAGGAGAUUCAGAGCUUCAUCUACUCCCUCAAACAGAUGCUGCUGAAUGUGGAGGCAAACUCAGCCAAGGUGCAGGAGGACCUUGAAGCAGAGUUCCAGUCCCUCUUCUCCCUCCUGGAGGAGCUGAAGGAAGGGAUGCUUAUGAAGAUAAAACAAGACCGUGCCAGCCGAACCUAUGAGCUGCAGAACCAGCUGGCUGCCUGUACACGGGCCCUGGAGAGCUCCGAGGAGCUUCUAGAGAUGGCCAACCAGACCCUGCAGGCCACAGACAGUGAGGACUUUCCUCAGGCUGCCAAGCAAAUCAAAGAUGGUGUGACGAUGGCCCCUGCCUUCCGGCUGUCAUUGAAAGCCAAGGUCAGUGACAACAUGAGUCACCUCAUGGUGGACUUUGCACAGGAGCGGCAGAUGCUACAGGCACUCAAAUUCCUGCCUGUGCCCAGUGCUCCUGUGAUCGAUCUGGCCGAGUCCCUGGUGGCAGAUAACUGUGUGACUUUGGUGUGGCGGAUGCCAGAUGAGGACAGCAAGAUUGACCACUAUGUGUUGGAAUACCGGCGCACCAACUUUGAGGGCCCACCCCGCAUCAAGGAGGACCAGCCCUGGAUGGUCAUUGAAGGCAUCCGGCAGACGGAGUACACCCUGACUGGUCUCAAGUUUGACAUGAAGUACAUGAAUUUUCGUGUGAAGGCCUGUAACAAGGCAGUUGCAGGCGAGUUCUCUGAACCGGUGACCCUGGAGACACCAGCGUUCAUGUUCCGCCUGGAUGCAUCCACAUCCCACCAGAACCUGCGGGUGGAUGAUCUCUCUGUGGAGUGGGACGCUAUGGGCGGGAAGGUGCAGGAUAUCAAGACUCGUGAGAAAGAUGGCAAGGGACGGACAGCAUCUCCCGUCAACUCCCCAGCCAGAGGUACUCCAUCUCCUAAGAGGAUGCCCUCUGGUCGUGGGGGACGGGACCGUUUCACAGCUGAGUCCUACACAGUGCUGGGGGACACACUAAUUGAUGGUGGGGAACAUUACUGGGAGGUACGCUAUGAGCCGGACAGCAAGGCGUUCGGUGUGGGGGUGGCCUACCGCAGCCUGGGCCGCUUCGAGCAGCUGGGCAAGACGGCCUCAUCCUGGUGCCUGCAUGUCAACAACUGGCUGCAGGUCAGCUUCACCGCCAAGCACGCCAACAAGGUCAAGGUGCUGGAUGCCCCUGUGCCCGACUGCCUGGGAGUGCACUGUGACUUCCACCAAGGCCUCCUGUCCUUCUACAAUGCCCGCACCAAACAAGUGCUGCACACCUUCAAGGCCAAGUUCACACAACCAUUGUUGCCUGCCUUCACGGUAUGGUGUGGCAGCUUCCAGGUGACCACGGGCCUGCAAGUCCCCAGCUCUGUGCGUUGCCUACAGAAGCGGGGCAGUGCCACCAGCAGCUCCAACACCAGCCUCACCUAGACCACUGAGCACCCACCCAGCUGAAGUGUUUUGGGUGACUGCCACCAGGCCUUGGCUGCUUCAGCUGGGCAUACUCCUCUUACUUGCUGCUUGGAGCCUUAACUCGUGAUAGGGGGUCACCAAAAGGGAGUGGGCAUGAGGCAGGCCCUCCUCCCCACCUCACCUCCCAAUAAAGGUCAGACACUGGCCAAGC